GUUAAAAUUUAGUUUUCAAACUCAACGUCUCUGCCUCUUGUACUUGUACAUCACACAUAUAGGUAAGUAUACACACACUGACGUCGAUCGAUCCGAAUCAAGAAGAACAGAAAGUCAAACUCAUAAAUUAAUAUAAUGGCUACAGACUAACCUACAUAAAAACUAAACUAGCCAGAAUAGAUAUGGGACUGACAAGGGUCUAGAUUUGAAUUGUUACAGAUCUGCAGCCUGUAACAUCCCGAAUUUUCGUCGGUUAUGCACGUAAAUUUCCAUUGAUUUUAUAAUUAUUUUUUAGAGUUAUCAAUUUAUAUAAUAUUUUAUAUAUAAAAUAUAUUCAAAGCUUGCUUUCCAUGUGUCAGGCUUGAGUGCCAUGUGUUAUUUCUUCCUUCAAUCUACCAGUUGUUUCGUCCUGCACACACACAUAUAUGCAUACAUAUAUAUGUAUAUUUGUUUUUAACAUUUGAUGGCAGAGGGUAAUAAAAAAAAAAAAAGGGAAAAUGUCAAAUUUGAUCGCGAACCUUUUAACUCUUUUUCUAUCUUAGUCAUAAACAUCUUCUUUGACUGGAUUUCGUUCUCAAUCUUUUUCACGCUUUAUAAGUUCAGUACUUCCGUUCCAAAUUCCUUCCAUUUUCCCUGACUUGUAUAUUCGUCAAAUGAGAGUGUGCCACGUGCGCGACAGACCAGUGCUAUUCUAAAUCGAUUGUUAUAGAGCAAAUUAGAUUCUUUUUUUAAUCAGAUUCGUAAACCGGACUAAGAUAUUUUCGGUUCUUUUAAGAUUUCAGUCAUGGCUUCUCUUUCAUAGUCUCACGCACCGACAGAUGAAAGAGAAGCCAUGACUGAUAUUCCAAAAGAACCGAAAAUAUUUUAAUCCAAUUUACGAAUCUGAUUAAAAUAAGAAUCGAAUUUGCUCUAUAACAACCAAUUUAGAGUAGCAGUGAUUUGUCGCGCACGUGGCGCACUCUCAUUUGAUAAAUAUACAAGUCAGACAAAAUGGAUGGAAUUUUAGACGGAAUGACUGAACUCAUACCAUACGAAAAAGAUUGAGGACGAAAUUUAGCAAAAAAAAAUAUUUAUGACUAAGGUUGAGGACGAAAUUUGAUCAUUUUCCUAAAAAAAAAAAAAAGACCAGGAGGGGAACGGACCGGCUCGGGGAAGGCGGAAGAGAGAGAGAAGAACAAGGCUGAGUGGAAGAGGGGACUGCCGGAACUCUUCUUUCUUUUCCGGGCAGCCCAAGUGAUCAUGAAAACGAGAGAAAGCGUGCACAUGAAAGGCAAGGAACCAAAGUUGAAAUUUGUUUCCUUUAUGGGGGAGCUUGACGGAUGGAGGUGGGGUAUAAGGCAGAAAUGAAAAAGGAAAAAAAAAAGGGGAUCGGAGCUUGGGUUUUCUUGGGGUAGAUCGACUGAUUAAUGGAAAACGAGAGAAAAAGCAAUUUAUGGAAUAAGAGUGGAGGGAGGACAAGAACAAAGAAAUGUUGGAGGUCGGUUCUGCUUCAAAGAACUGAGUGACAGGUCGGGAGGAGUCCUUAUCUGCUAGCAGAUGGUCUAUCGCGUGAUGUGUGGAAAUCAUCGAUGUAAUCAAGCACUUCCUCAAUCUGUUCUUGAAAAUAUUGCUUAUGUUCCUAUACUUGAUGGACAAAAUUUUUCUGACUGGAAGGAGUCAGUUCUUUUCACUCUGGGGUACAUGGACCUAGACUAUGUGCUCCAUGAGGAGGAGCCACUUGCUCCCACGGAUAUAGAUAUGCUUGGGGUUAAGGAGAAGUAUGAGUGGUGGGAGAAAUUCAACCGCUUAAGCCUCGUGCUCAUGAAGUCCCGUGUGAAUAAAAGUAUACAGGGAGCUGUUGGUGAGGUGACCAAGGUUAAGGAUUUUUUGAAGGCAAUUAAGGAACAAUUUGCCAAAUCAGAUAAGACCUUGGCAAGUACCCUAAUGAAGAGACUGACUAGCAAGACCUUCGACAAUUCAAAAGCUGAGUAUGGACCUUUCAAGAUCUCCUACAACACACAUAAAGAGGAGUGGUCUAUUACAGAACUCUUGACCAUGUGUGUUCAAGAGGAGGAGAGGAUGAAGCAGGACAAGGUUAAAGUUGCCUAUCUAGCUACCCAUCCAAAGUGUAAGGGCAAGAAGGAUCAUGGGAAGAGGCAGUAUAAGGUGCCACCUAAGACGGAUGGCAGUAAUGUGAAGUGCUUCUUCUGCAAGACUGAUGGACAUGUAAAGAAAGAUUAUCAUAAAUAUAAGAAGUGGCUUGAAAAGAGAGGGCUUUCUCAACCUAAGGAAUCUGACGGAAGGUGAGAGGUUCGUCUACUUAGGGAAUAAGAGACACUCUCAAGUCGUUGGAGUUGUGACAUUUGGGAUAAUACUGUCUUCGGGAUAUGCUUUAGAUUUGAAUAAUGUCUUUUACAUUCCAGACUUUUCUAGAAAUUUGAUUUCUAUUUUCAAACUGGUUGUAUUUGACUACAUGUUUUUA